AUGUCAUUAAUGGAGAAUGGGACAGAAGUGACACAGUUCAUCCUGCUGGGACUCAACGAUGACCCAGGCCUGCAGGUUCCCCUCUUUAUCACCUUCCUUCUCAUCUACACCAUCACCCUGGUUGGGAACCUAGGGUUGAUCCUGCUGAUUCUCUUGGACUCUCGGCUACACAGUCCCAUGUACAUUUUCCUCAGUAACCUAUCUCUGGUGGACUUUUGCUACUCUUCAGCAAUCACUCCAAAGGUCAUAGCCGGAUUCCUUGUAGAUGACAAGAUCAUGACUUACAAUGCUUGUGCUGCUCAAAUGUUCUUUUUCGCAAUCUUUGUAAAUGUGGAGAAUUUCCUUUUGGUGUCAAUGGCCUACGAUCGCUAUGCUGCAGUGUGUAAGCCCCUACACUAUGCCACUACCAUGACAACAAGAGUGUGUGUAUGUCUAGUCAUUGGUUGCUAUGUCUGUGGUAUCCUGAAUGCUUCCAUUUAUACUGGGGAUGCAUUCAGUCUCUCCUUCUGUAAGUCCAAUGUGGUACAUCAUUUCUUCUGUGAUAUUCCAGCAGUCAUGUCUGUGUCUUGCUCUGAUAGACAUGUUAAUGAGCUGAUUCUUAUUUACGUAGCCAGUUUCAAUAUCUUUUUUCCUUUCAUAAUAAUUGCAGUAUCCUACAUGUUCAUUUUUACCAGCAUACUAAAGAUGCACUCAGCUUCAGGGUACCGCAAAGCUUUGUCCACCUGUGCCUCCCACUUCACUGCAGUCUCCAUUUUCUAUGGGACUGUCAUCUUCAUGUACCUGCAGCCCAGCUCCAGUCAUGCAAUGGACACUGACAAAAUCGCAUCGGUGUUCUACACCAUGGUAAUCCCCAUGCUGAACCCUCUGGUUUACAGCCUGAGGAACAAGGAGGUAAAGAAUGCAUUCACAAAGAUUGUAUUCACUGCAAAAUAA